AUGGAGGGCGGCUGCUCGUUCAUCCCAGGUUAUGUUUUCGAGGACAUUGCUGCGUUGCAGGAUGUCGAAAAAGAUUUGAAGGAAUUAGCACAAUCGACGCUCGACGUGGCGCAACUAAAGGAUAUCGAGAAGGACCUCGACGACAUACUGACUCAACUAGAUGAGUUACUGCGGCAAGAGCAAGGGGACCGGACAGAUCAAGACUCUGCAUUCGAAGCGCCUGGACUUACUCGCAAGAUAUAUUCUCUCGCCAAUGCGGGAGUUGGUGACGCGAAGAGGAAUACAGACUUGGCUCAGCUUGUUCGACACGAAGCCAGCCCUGACUCAACUGAGGACAUAGCAGUCAAUAAAUGUUACGAAUACUUCGGCGAUGUCUACAACUUCUUCUCUGAGUUGUUCGAGCGCAAUUCGAUAGACAACAAUGGGAUGCCACUCAUCGGAGUGGUGCACUAUGGCACCAACUACGCCAACGCUCAAUGGAUUGCUGACAAGAAGCUUAUAAUCUUCGGCGAUGGCUUUGCGCGCGAUUCUUCGGAUGCUGCCAAACCCAAGGCUGAUCACACUGGAUACUUUGGUAACUUUUAUGAUUCCUUAGAUCUCAUGGCCCACGAGAUCAUGCACGGGAUCACGACUUGCGUGACGAAGGUAGUACCGGGUCCCUGUGAAACUGGGGCAUUAGUCGAGCACAUAGCCGAUGUUUUCGGUAUCAUGGUCAAGCAGCACAAGUUGCAGCACACUGUCGAGCAGGCUGAUUGGCUGAUUGGGCAAGAGCUCAUCCUCCCUGAGUUGAAGGACAUGGCCCUCAGGUCAUUCAAAAGUCCCGGCACUGCCUAUAUACUUCCAAACAACUAUGGCAGAGAUAAACAGAUAGCACAUUGCGAUCAAUUCAAGCCCUGGGCGGAUCCGCACAUCAAUUCUGGAAUACUCAAUCAUGCAUUCUAUCUAGCUGCAAUGGAGGUUGGCGGUCACUCCUGGGAGAAACUUGGCAAGAUCUGGUGGAAGACAUUGACAGAGAGCAAGAUAGACUUCAGUCAGCUCAAAGGCACCUGGGUUCCGUUUGCUCGGAAGACUGUUGAAUUCGCACAAGAAUACGGACAAGGUGUACAGAACGCUAUCUCAAAUGCUUGGGGAAGUGUAGGCAUCAAAAUCUGA